GCCUUCUCAUACUCGUCAUCUGAGACACUUCCGGGUUGGUGGUCUUCCGAUCACAUCUCGUGACAGAUUUUAUUUACCAGCAGCCGAAGUGGCAGCUGCAGCUGCUGGAGUGAGAACCGGGCUGCUUCAUGGGGCCAGAGUCCGAGCACCAGAUGAAUCUAAACAUGCCUUUUCGGAGACAACUCUUUAGUUAAAGGUGCCGUAAAAGACAAACCAUGUGGAGAGUUCAAGGUUUUGUUGGAAGAGUUCUGCACCGGUGCCAUGGCAGCACACCCCUGCGGCUUCCCCAGAACCAGGGGCAGUCUCAGGGACUGGGCGAGGUUGAGGUCAUCAACAGCUCAGCUGUCCUCUCCAGCUCUCGACACUCCUCUGACAUCAGCUCUCUUGCUGCCUCCCUUUCAGCUGGUUGCAUCAUCCACCCGCAUCUGCUCUCUCAGAAAGAGGAGGGUGGAGAGAGGAGGAAGAAACAGAGGACCUUUCAGUUUGGCUAUGCUGAGCUUCCACGUUACACAGCCCUGGAUGCUGUGGGAUGGGGUGCUGCAGCAGUUCUGUUCAUGCAGAUCUGUAGGAAGAUCCACUCCCAGUUCUCCUCAAGCACUGAUCCGAAUCCGCUCCCUGGAGCCCUGACAGCACCCUCCACUCUUCACAAGUAUGGCUACCGCAUCCUGCUGGAGAUCUUGUCUAGACGAGAUGUCCUGCCCAGAGGAAGCAGUGUGUUGUGUCUGCAGGGGGUGCCAGAGAGACAGGACAAAGAUCAGUCUCUGAGCAGCAGUACAGGUGACGCCAGUCUUCACAGCAGCAGUGAACAGGACCAUUUGACUGCUGACUGCUCCCUCUCUGACCAACAGAGGGCACUCCCGAACCAGGAUUCUCCUAUACCUGAGGAAUCACUUCUGUCAGCAUCCUGUCCUUUGCAGAAUGAUGCCAACCGAGACAACACAGAGACUAAAGAUGCUAAUGACAAGGACAUGUUGUCUGAUGAGGAGAGGCUGGCAGGAGCAGCAUUGAAUCUCAGACAUGUGGGCGAAACCAGCAUUCCCGUUAUCCUCAACAUCAUUGGUCUACAAAGUUCCAAGACUGAGAACUACGAGGAAGCUUUUACAUGUUUUGUAGCUGCAGCUCAGCAGGGUUACGCCAAGGCCCAGUUUAAUGCGGGUGUGUGCUACGAGAAAGGCAGAGGAGUCAGCAAGAACAAAGAGAAGGCUCUGCAUUAUUACUGGCAGGCAGCAGUUGGGGGUCACAGGCAGGCUCAGUACCGCUAUGCAAAGCUGCUCCUGACCAGCAGGGGGCACCAGAGUUUAGAGGAGCUGAAUACAGCCAUCAGCUUACUGGAACAGGCUGCUGCAGCUGGACUCACCAAGGAGACAUUUAGACAUCUCACAGUAGAAAAAGAGCAGGCUCAGGUCUGCUUGGCCUCAGUCUACACUCAGGAGCCGGUGAGAGACGGGAGCAGGUCUGUCCACUACCUGAAGAUGGCAGCAGAGAGUGGAGACGACACCGCCCUGCUGUUCCUGGGUCAGUGUUGUGAGAGCGGCUUUGGGGUGCAGCAGAAUCUGAGGACAGCGAUUGAAUACUACAAACAAGCGGCUCAAGCAGGCAACAAGCAGGCUAAAAGCUUAGUGACGCCUCCUAGUGAUUCAUUCAGUAAGGCAGAAGAUGCCGUGUUGCGCUCCAUCCGUUCAGCUCCAUGUUUCUCUGCAGCCAACCAUCAGCUCCAGCAGCGGCUUUCCUCUCUUGCCAGUCGUGUCUCUCCCUCCACCAGUCGCCCCGUCACCCUUCCCCUCCUGCCUCACUCGUGGAGCACCGGGAGCCUGUGUGCCCCCCCGCCGCUGUCCUCCACGCCUCUUCACCUCCACCCCAGCACUGAGGGAGGAGCCUGCCAGUGGACUGUAGGGAUAGGAUAGUUUACUGAGCCAGCACAGGUCCAACUGAGGAAUGUAUUUCAUAGCGUGAAUGUAUUUUCCCCAGAGGAGAAAGGUCAGAGUGUGUUAGGUGUGUACAUAUUGUGAAGUCAGGAUUAGAGUGAAUACAUUUAUUUACAUUUAUAUAUAUUUUAUACUUAUAUAUAUAUAUAUAUAUACUCAUAUGAGUGUGUAGACAUUAAGGUGUUUAAGAUUUGUGUUUUUGUAAGUCUGAAAGAGUUUUUGGAUACAAGGUCUUAUAUGUAGAGUGAGAUAUGGAAGUUUUUUUUAAUUAUUUGUUUCUAUUUAGUUCAGUUUUUUUGUUAUACAAGUUCUCCUGUGAGUAAGAAAAUGUGAUCUAGGUGCCUUUGGGUGGCUUCUCUCCCUACUGAUGUGGCAUUUAUCACGUUAAAAAAAAAGAGGUUUGUCAUAAUUGUGUCUGCAAACUGUAUUGCUGGGUUCACGCCUCUGAAACUGUCAAAGUGCUUUAAAUUCGUGUCAUAGGUUAACCCUCAAUAAAACCGUUACCAUCUUUGUAAAAGAACAACUAUAGAAGUGACAAAGGGAAAAGCUUUGUGAUAGUCCAUCCUGUUAACUUUAAACAUGCCAAAGUGAAUUAUGAUGCACUGUAAGGAGGAUGUUGGACUGUCUUGGACACAUGCUAAGUAAAACUAUUAAAAAAAAAAAGUUUUA